AUGUCUCUACCGCGCUCGAACUACGACCCUCGACGGGUCUGCCUGAACCCCUUCCCCGCGCUCAACCUGGGCAAGCACCGGCGCACCAUUGGGAUCUACCUCGCAGGCGGCCUCUUCGCGCUAGCGAACUGGACGUUCCUGGACGCGGCGAUCCUGUCCGCGCACGCGCACGACCCGCUGAACGACGAGGUCGACGCGCCUGUGCACGUCGCCUUCGUCGACUGGGUCCCCGGCAUCUGCUCGCUCCUCGGCAUGAUCGUCAUCAACCUCAUCGACAAGGACCGCGUCCGCGGCGAAGAGGGCUACGGCGACGGCGGCGCCGUCUGGCGCGCUCGCCUCAUCCUGUUCAUCGGCUUUGCGCUCAUGGCGGGUGGUCUCGCGGGGAGUGUGACGGUGCUGGUGCUGAAGUACGCGCUGGAGGAGUACCCGGAGCAGUUCCUCUACUACGGCUACGCGAACGUCUCGCAGAACAUCGCGCUCAUGCUGUCCGCCAUCGUCCUGUGGAUAUCCCAAAGCGUCGGCUCCGAGUACGAGUACAACCUUGCUAUCUAG